AUGGAGCUGUCUGUGCUCUGCCUCCUGACGCUGGCCCUCGCCUUUGUGCCUCAACUCUCAGCGACAGCAGUGCCUAUACCGCGACCUGGGUGUCCCCCGUAUAAAUAUCUAUCACCCCAAGAACUGAGUGUCAGGUUGUGCCUGAAGGAGUGUUCCACAGACCGUGACUGUAAGGACAACAAGAUCUGCUGUUUCGACGGCUGUUCCAACGUCUGUGUGCCUAGAAGGACAGAGUGUACCUCGGACUGGGAAUGUCCUGAGGAUAAGAAGUGCUGUAAAAACGCCUGUGGGCACAUUGGCAUCUGUGUGACGCCAAAAAAAGUAUUUGCAGUACCCAAAAAGGGAUUCUGCCCAACUCCAGAGGGUUUUGGGAUCUGUGUUGAUCACUGCUCCACUGACCAUGAUUGUGAGAAGAACCUGAAAUGCUGCUCUAACAACUGUGGAAAAACCUGUGUGGAGCCACUCAUGAAGGAAAGGAAAAAGGGAAUCUGCCCUAAGCCAAUCCCUCAUUUCGCCGAAUGUGAUGCUACAUGUGAUAAUCACAACAAGUGUGAAGGCGAUCUUCUCUGCUGCUACAGCGGCUGUGGAAUGGAGUGUCUGGAACCUGUCAGGAAGAUCACCGUAGGAUGGUACAGUAAUGUUAAAAUGGAGGGAGUAUCAUGA